AUGACCCUGUGUGCCCUGGGGUCUCAGCUGCUAGGUCGACCCCCUGCCCCAGCUCUGCUUCUGUCCUGGAUGGGUCACCAGAGCUGGGUGGCGGUGGUUCGCAUCCGGCUCGGCCACCUCCUAGUCUUGCUCUCUCUGGAGCUGGUUUCCAGCCCUGGGAAGAGCAUGCCGGGCCGGGGAAACAGCAGGUGCAAAGGCCCUGAGGUAGGAAUGAGCUUAGUGCACAUGGAGGAGGUCCUGGUGGCUGCAGCAGAGGUCCUGGUGGCAGAAACCACGUCCCAGCAGGAGCGGCUGCACGCCAUCGCGGAGAAACGGAGGAGGCAGGCAGAGAUCGAGAGCAAGCGCCGGCAGCUGGAGGAUGACCGCAGACAGCUGCAGCACCUGAAGUCCAAAGCGCUGCGGGAACGCUGGCUGCUGGAGGGGACACCGUCCUCAGCCUCGGAGGGGGACGAGGACAUGCGGAGACAGACACAAGAGGACGAGCGGAAGGCCCGGCUGCUGGAGGAAUCCGUCUCCAGGCUGGAGAAGGAAAUUGAGGUGCUGGAGAAUGGGGGUUCAGUUCCAGCCACUGCGAAGGAGAACACGGCAGUCCCCAGCCCAGCCCGGGCCCCAGCCCCGGCCCCCAGCCCAGCCAAGGAGGAGCAGAAAGCAGAGGUGAUGUUGAAUUCACAGCAGACCCCGGCAGGCACGCCCAAAGAGAAGCGAGUCUCUAACACGCCUGUGAGGACAGCUGAAGGCUCCACCAUGAUGAGGGCAGCCAUGUACUCGGUUGAGAUCACUGUGGAGAAGGACAAGCUCACGGGGGAGACCAGGGUGCUGUCCAGCACCACGCUGCUCCCUCGGGAGCUGCUCCCUCAGGGCAUCAAAGUCUACGAGGACGAGACCAAAGUGGUCCAUGCCGUGGACGGCACUGCCGAGAAUGGAAUCCACCCACUGAGCUCCUCUGAGGUGGACGAACUCAUCCACAAAGCAGACGAGGUCACACUGAGCGAGGCGGCGUCCACAGCCACAGCCGCAGAGACCCGGGGAGUGGUGGAGGAGGCCAUCCGGACCACACCUUCCCGGCGGGAGAUCACCGGAGUGCAGGCACAGCCAGGUGAGGCCACAUCGGGCCCACCGGGCAUCCAGCCUGGCCAGGAGCCCCCAGUAACUAUGAUCUUCAUGGGCUACCAGAACGUGGAAGAUGAGGCUGAAACCAAGAAGGUGCUGGGGCUCCAAGACACCAUCACAGCAGAGCUGGUGGUCAUCGAAGAUGCAGCCGAGCCCAAGGAGCCCGCGCCACCCAACGGCAGUGCCGCCGAGCCACCUGCCACCUCGGGUAACAAGGAGGAGAACCAGGCAGGGCCCGAGGCCACCACCAGCGACUCCCAGGACCUCGACAUGAAGAAGCAGCGUUGUAAAUGCUGCUUGAUCAUGUGAGCUGGCCCGGCCCCCCCAAGACCCCGGCCCCCACCCUCUGCACCACAGACACCCACUGGCCCGGCCUCUCCCGGCAUCUGCCCACCUUCCACCCACAGUCUCACAGGGCUCAAGGACAUGCGUGUUCCACCAUGUUCUUUCUGAGUUUUCUCUCACUGGAAAGAGGGACAGGGGUCCCCCACCC